AGCAACACUGUUUAAUCCUGUCAAAAUCCGUCGUCCUGUCGACGUUUUUUCGGAUAAAAAUAAUGAAAAAUUAAUUGAUAAAAAUAAUUUUGUUGUUAUUUAAGUGUUUUUGUGUGAACGUAAGAGUUUAGUUACAAUGAAGAUAGCCUGACUUGACUCGAUUGACGCGCACUGAAACCGAAAUCCAUAUUUUGAUGGUGUUAAUUUAUAUUCAAGAUAUCAUUGAAAAAAAUGUAUGUACGGAAUUUAUGACGUAAUAAAUCCGGCGACGCGUCCCACAAAAGACUGAACCUAAGACCUGAAGAGCUGUGACCGCCGCCGAGCCACGACCCGCACCGCGCACCGGACAUAUAUGGACACACGCUACUUCUGUGAGCGGAUUUAUAUAUAGUAGGGGUGGUCGAUGCCCCACGCGGCGCCCGCCUCCGCCAUGUCGGCCCCGCCGCGCCACCCGCACUUCUACACCGUCGAAGUCGGCGACACGCGCUUCACCAUCCUCAAACGCUACCAGAACUUGAAGCCCAUUGGAUCCGGCGCUCAGGGUAUUGUUUGCUGAUCGCGUAUACCGGUCCCAUAAUGGUACAGUUUUACUCGGUAACGCUCGGUGACACCGUGUUCACGAUACCCACACGGUACACAGAGCUGACAGUGCGCGGCGCCGGCGCACAGGGCAUGGUGUGCGCCGCAUACGACACUGUGACGCAGCAGAACGUCGCCAUCAAGAAGCUGUCGCGGCCCUUCCAGAAUGUCACGCACGCCAAGCGCGCCUACCGCGAGUUCAAACUUAUGAAACUCGUUAACCAUAAAAACAUAAUUGGACUACUAAACGCAUUCACACCACAGAAAAGCCUGGAGGAGUUCCAGGACGUCUACUUGGUGAUGGAGCUCAUGGAUGCUAACCUGUGUCAGGUGAUCCAGAUGGACUUGGACCACGAGCGCAUGAGCUACCUGCUGUACCAGAUGCUGUGCGGCAUCAAACACUUGCACCUCGCGGGCAUCAUACACCGGGAUCUGAAGCCGUCCAACAUAGUGGUGAAGAGCGACUGCACGCUGAAGAUCCUGGACUUCGGGCUGGCCCGCACCGCCGGCACCACCUUCAUGAUGACGCCCUACGUCGUCACCAGAUACUACAGGGCUCCAGAGGUGAUCCUGGGCAUGGGCUACACGGAAAACGUGGACAUCUGGUCGGUCGGCUGCAUCAUGGGCGAGAUGAUCCGCGGCGGGGUUCUCUUUCCGGGCACCGACCACAUCGAUCAGUGGAACAAGAUUAUUGAGCAACUGGGCACGCCGUCCGCGGCCUUCAUGGCGCGGCUGCAGCCCACCGUGCGCAACUACGUCGAGAACCGCCCGCGGUACGCCGGCUACAGCUUCGAGCGGCUCUUCCCCGACAUACUCUUCCCCAGCGACAGCAACGAGCACAACCGACUCAAGGCGUCGCAGGCGCGGGACCUGCUGUCGCGCAUGCUGGUCAUCGACCCCGAGCGCCGCAUCUCCGUCGACGACGCGCUGCUGCACCCCUACAUCAACGUGUGGUACGACGAGGGGGAGGUCAACGCCCCUGCGCCGGCGGCGUACGACCACAGCGUGGACGAGCGCGAGCACACGGUGGAGCAGUGGAAGCAGCUCAUCUACCAGGAGGUGGUGGAGUACGCCGCGCCCGCGCACGCGCCGCCCGCGCACCACGCGCCGCCCGACCACGCGCAGCCCGCGCUCACCACAUAGGUGGCGGCGGAGCUGACCGCCGAGAUGUAAUCGACGAGUACAGUGCAAAAGGACAAUGCGCCGACUGUCCGCCUGUAUAUACAACACGCAACACGCAACAUGUCGUGCGAUGUUGCGUGCAACACGACGCGCACUGCGUUACACGUAGCGUAGUCGAAACUACUUUAAUUACAUGAAUGAUUUGUAAUUUUAUUUUUCAAAUAUAAAAAAAAAACCGUAGACACUUCCCGUUGUUUAGGGUUAAAUCGCUAUCGGAAACGGUACAAUAAUAUGAUUAGGUGAUGUUGCCCGUUUACUUGUUGCCCCGUAUCGCCCCUUUGUGUCCCAUUAACGUUGAUUUGCAUAAAAGGAGUGCCUUUUGCGAAUUGCUAUAGUGAUGGUGAUUUCUCCCGACGUAUGGACUGAAUUUGAUAUUUUUGUAAAUGUUGAAUCAUUUGAUAGUGUACCGCAAGUGUAUGUGCGUUUUAAUUAUUGACAUAAUGGAGAGUUGAGCUUUAUGUGUUAUUGUAAAUUAUUAUUUUUUAAUUAAUUAAUCGUGCAAUUGUAUAAUUUUAAUGUAUUUUAAUUUUUGACGCGUGCGCGGUUUGUGGCUUGAGUUGAUUGGAUAACAAUCUUCACAAAAGGUGCUGAGGGAAUGAUUCCACGGUCAGAUAGGGAAUCUCAUGACCGGAUAGCAUGUGUUUGUUCUGUCCACCAAGUAUAAAAACUGAAAAAAAUAAUCCAAUAAAAAGUAUCUAAUAGUAGCAAGAAUUCGUGUAGUGUACUUUCCUCUUGACGGUCUUUACUUUCAUUGCUGACUCCGGAGAGGGUAUGUGCUUCUGUCGUGCACCAUAUCAGCAAAUAUCUAUGUAACAUGAUGUGGGAACGGUCAGAGCAAUACAACAGGAAAUGUGCAAUACAAUUUUAACAUUGUGCAAUAUUGUUAAAAUUGAAAUUAUAAUAUAAGAAACGAAAUGCAAGCGCGCUACUUCAAAAAAACAUUUUAUUUCCUAGUUGGGAAUAAAAUAUUCGAGCUGCAUAAGGUCGAUAUUUGCCUAACAGAAGCAUGCUCGGCCAGGUCCGCAUUGGCCGUCAAAGAGGGGGUCAUAAUUAAUUCAAGCCACAAAUCUCGACAAAUUUAAUUGUUAAUUACCAUUACAUUGUUCCUGACGUCCGCGCCGGACGGUGCCAUUGCGUCGCGUCAGCCGACUGACGCGUUAUCUGACACAGUAGCUCUUUAGACCAUAGUUCCCUUGUUAACAUAUAACAGUUCGGUGAGUAGUGUAAGUAUUUCUAUAUUAAGUAGUGUCUUAAUGGCCUCACACGUUGUAAGUUGGCAGUAAGGUCGAUAAAGUCGAAAUGGAUGAUUUUGUUUACGUUCUGGACGGUCUUGUUCAAUAUGAAGUAACGAUCAAAAGUACGCUGUUAUUGUGGUGAUUAUUCAUUAUCAGAAGAUUUUGCUCCCCAGCAAUAAAACUGCCAACUUAUAAUAGACGAUAUACCAAAAAGUUAUUUUUUUCUAUAAUAUUAAAGUGACACUGCCGCGGCAAAGGCAUAAAGUAUGCUUGUUUUUGGCUGAACGUUUCGGUCACCUUCGCCCGUGUAUUUAGGUGCAUUCAUUUAUAAAAAUCUCAUUCUCGAUCAUGGGAUAGCUUGAGCAAUAUAAUCCUGUACAAUCAUGUUUAAUAAUGGAUAAAUAUAAUUAAUUUUAUCGAUUUUAGGUAACUUUUAUUUUACAAACUACAAGUAUGUAGUAGGUUUUAUAGUAGAAAUUUUAUUUUAUGGUAGUUAUUUUAUUGUAGAAGAAGGCAAACGUGUGAGGCAUGUAGUUUAUUGUUUGAAACCUCACUAGGUGAUAUAUUAUAAUGUAAGUAUGAGUUACAGCUGAUACCAAUAAUUAUGACCGGUGUGAAGUUAGUCAAUUCCCCUCCUUCGGCUUCAGUCAUAUUAUAGAUAACAACUUGCUGAUGGCAAGUUGUAUAGUACCCGAUAGUAUAGCAAUUACUGAUUACUAAAAACCCUGUCAUGGUGAUUCGUUUCGAUGUGUCGCCUUGGAUCAAACAAAACUGCCAGCAUAUCUGGCGACAAAAUGCCAAAAUACUAAAGAGGUCGGUCGUAACUAACUUCAUACCGGUCAUACAAAUUGGCGUCAGCUUUACGUGUGACGAAAUUUGACGCGUGUAAAUGUAGCACAAUUCGUUAGCCGUAGUCACAGGUACGUUUCUAUGCCAGGUUUAAAAGCAAUAAUUGUUUGUACAUCAUUAAAGACUUCGUGAUCGUUUAAAUUUGGACACUGUCGUGCAGGGGCCGAGCCGUGGCGGAACCGUGCUUUGACGGUGAAGGAAUGUACUGUAGCUCUAAUGGACAGUUUACAAAUAUACAGGGUCAUUUUGACGUCGCGUUACUAAAUGAAACCACAUAGCUAUCUACUUGGAAAUAACACUUUACAAUAAGUUACUUGAGCCGAAGAUGUAAAAUUAAAAAGUGUAAGUGUCGAACAAAAUAAAUAUUAAUAAAAAGUAAUUUUAAUUUUACGCGCCCUAAAGCCACUACUACUACUCUAAGAGAAUUCGUUGCAGCGGCAACAUCAUACUUUCAGUUAGAAAUACACACACACACGCCAUAUUCGCAUUAGACUACAAAAUGAUAAAAAAAUCUGAAAACUAAAACCAGGGUUUUUCGUGAAAAUAGUACCGAUUAAUGGAUGAUUUUUAUGACAAUGUCAUCAAAGGUGAAGACGUGUAUGUAGUUUCAUUUAGUAACGCAAUGUCCAAAUGACCCUGUAUAUAAAAGUAUCCCUGCCACGGACCCGGCACGGCGCUGCGUCCAGACCGUAAGUUCGAUGCCAUCUUGGAACAUAUCGCGGACGGGGUCGGUAGUUUUGUUUUUUGUAUCCAUAGACAUUUCGCUUUACUUUUGUUCCAUAGAUAUUAGGUUAAAGCGGUUUGGGUCAUUGCUUAUCCGAUUGUAAUGGUUCAAACGGUAGAAUUUUCGAAAUUUAAGGGCAUAAUGUAUUUACUGAUGAUGGUGAACAUCGAAAUACUCGUCUCGAUCAUUUUUUUCCAAAUAAGUACAGUAACAAACCACAUAUUCCUUCCAAUACUAUCAGCUAUAACACUUAAUAGGUAACUGCAUGGGACUUUCAACCCAACAGCGAGAUAGCCAAGUUACGGUAACAAGCAUAAUAUGUCUCAUUGCGAGACCGAACCCACGUGCUAUUCUGAAGGCGGUUCAUUACCUGCUGCGCAAUAGGAACUGCCAACAGAGAGAAGAUAGAUUAAAAUCAGUGACCGGUCCCUCGAUGUUUACCAUCAAGCAACUUUCGGAGUUAAAUGUAUAGUUAUUUAAAAAUUAAAUUACAUUAUAUACGAUAUUUCGGCAAUACAUAGCGGAUAUUUGAAAAGUAUACAUAGUCGAUUAUACUGUAAAUAUAUCUAGUAUGGAUAGGCGCGGGUCCAGGACAUCUAUUGGGACAACUCGUUUCACGUAAAAAAAAAAUUAUCAGUAUCAAUUUUAGUUAACGCGGGGGGCAAUGCUCUCGGUGUCCCCUCCUGGAUCCGCGCCUGAGUAUGGAACGAAAGUGAAGAGAAGCGCGAUUAGUAAACUGUUUAUCGCCGAUAGAAUAAAAUACACAACUUUACGUCCAAAAUGUCCAUGUAUAUGUUAAUGGUACCGAUACAACAAUAAUGUAAUCGUAGAAUGCGUUGGCGUGUGCUGGGGCGAGUACUAGCGUGAGUACUGGCGCCAGUCGCAGCGAGUACUUGGUGUUGAGGCGAUAGCGACGCCAACGGUUGAUAAUAUCUGAAACUUAUUUUUACUGUACACGUAAGUUAUUUCAUAUUUUAACUGAAUAAAAUCGAAAUGGUUAUUA